GCUGGGGCGGUUGAUCAGACACCUGCGGCGACCCCCGGCGGCGCGGCGAUGUGGCCUUUGGUGGCGGCGCUGUUGCUGGGCUCGGCGGGCUACGGUUCGAGUCAAAUACUGUUUAAUCAAAUGAAAUAUGUAGAAUAUACUCGAUGUAAUAAAACUGUUGUUAUUCCAUGUCGUGCUAUCAAUGUGGAGGCAGAAAAGAUUAGUGAAUUAUUUAUAUCGUGGAAAUAUAAAGGAAAUGUGAUUUUAACCUUUGAUGGACUUCUAAACAUGACCACUAAGUUCAAUAACUUUACAAGUGCAAAAAUUGAUGUCUCGAAAUUACUAAAAGGAGAUGCUUCUUUGGAGAUGGAUAUGAGUGAUGCUCUCUUAGGAAACUACACAUGUGAAAUUACAGAAUUAUCCAGAGAAGGUCAAACAACUGUAGAACUAAAACACCGUACUGAUUCAUGGUUUUCUCCAAAUGAAAUUAUGCUCAUUGUAGUUUUCCCAAUUUUGUCUGUAAUUUUCUUCUGGGGACAGUUAUGUGUUGUAAGACUGAAAUAUAAAUCCAGGCUUCCAACUAAUCAGUUCAUUCUCGUACUUAUUCCUGGAAUACUACUUACCAUAUUUGCCAUUGUUGGAUCCAGCAUUUUCAUCCCAGGUGACUAUUCAAGAAAGAAAUCUGGACUUUCUUUACUUGUAACUCCUUCAGGGAUGUUGAUAGUAGCUCAGUGCCGUUUGUUAAGAGCAGUUUUGGGAAUGACCUCCUUCACCAUUGCGAUCUUGAUCAUUCAGUUGCUGGGCUUUGUGCUUGCUGUGGUUGGGUUAGUUCUCUGCAUGUCUGUGUGUAUGCCAGUACAUGGCCCUCUUCUGAUUUCAGGUCUGGGUAUCAUAACUCUAGCAGAAUCACUUGGACUCAUUUAUAUGACAUUUUUUGAUCUCAUAGAUUAUCUUCGGCCAGAUGAAAAGCAAGAAGACAAAAGCUCUGAAUAAGAAAACUAAGCAGCCUCAUAGGAUCUGAGAAGAAUGCCUUUGGUAUUUUGAUUGGGACCCCAUUGAAUCUAAAUUGCUUUUGGUAGUAUGGACAUCUUGAUGAUAUUGAUUCUUCCAGCUCAUUAACAUGGGAGAUUUUUCCAUUUUUUAUUUCUUCUAUUAAUGUUUUAUAAUUUUCAUCAAAGAGGUCUUUGACCUCCUUAGUCAAAUUUAUUCCAAGAUAUUUAACUGUUUUUGUAGUUAUUGUGAAAGAGAUUGAUCUCAGAAGUUCUUUCUUAAAAAAAUAAAAAAAAGCAUAAAUGAACAGAGUGGCCUCAUUCAAAUGCAAUGCACUAUUUUAUGUUCCCUGUUAAUUAGAAAGUCUACCUUGUGAUGUGGUAGAAUGUCCUCUAAAGACUUAGCUCUGCAAUCUCACAGAGCAUCAUCUUCUACUUGACAGCACAGCUGCUUUUCAGUACACUAGUUAGAUUCUGAGCCAGUGUUCAAAAUAAGGCACUGUUUCCAUGUAGUUAGAAUAUUAUAUUAGAAAUCAGGGAUUAAGGGGGGACUGAUGUCACUAAGAAUUACAUGCUCAAGCUGACUUGCCCCAAAUGGUAGAGUUAGAAAUGUGCCAUGGGAUUCCAAUACAAUCCCAUCAAGGUGGCAUGUACCAAUGCCAUCUCACUAGUCCAAGUGAUCAAUUUCAGUUCACAAUUGAUCAUACUGAUAGGCCUAAGAGUCAAAGGGAUCACACAAACAAGACAAGUGUCUGCUAAUACUAACUGAUAGAAUCAAAAAGGGAGAGAAGGAUCCAACAUGGGAAGCGGGAUACACAGCAGACUCAUAGAAUGGCAGAUAUCCUAAACAAUACUCUGGCCUCAGAAUCAGCCCUUAAGGCAUUCAGACCCAGCUGAAGAGCCCAUGAGAGUAUUUUAGGCAUGGAAAGCCAAGACAUUCUGGAAAAAAAAACCUAAAUGAAAGAUCUCUGUGAGAUCCCAGUGGAAAGAAUGGGGCCAUCAAAGAAGAAGGUACCUUUCUCUGAAGGGAGGAAUGAACUUCCACUUUGAUUAUGACCUUGUCUGAGUAAGAUCAAAGUCGGCGAUCUCAAAAGGCUUCCAUAGCCUUGGCAACUCAUGACAAGAGCCUAAGGAGAUUACUGAUGCCAUAAACAAGAGUGUCAAAUUGUUAAGUCAACAACAGGAGUCACUGUGUACUUACGUCUCAUGUGGGAUCUGUCCUUAACGUGUUGUUCAAUGUGAAUUAAUGCUAUAACUAGUACUGAAACAGUAUUUUAUACUUUAUGUUCUGUGUGGGUGCAAACGGUUGAAAUCUUUACUUAAUAUAUGCUAAAUUGAUCUUCUGUAUAUAAAGAGAAUUGAAAAUGAAUCUUGAUGUGAAUGG